AUGCAGGAUGAUCUGGCAAGCAUCAAGAGAUUGCUAAAUCUGGAUGAGGAAGAAAUCCAGGGCCUUCAGGAAGCUCUACUCACAAAAUCGGACGGGAUAUUCCUCUGGGUCUCGCUGGCUACGAAGGAAAUUAUCACUAAUUGCUACGACGCUACAUACGAGAGUCGCGAGGGUCUCAUUAAGGACCUCCCGUCUGGGCUGAAGGGGUUCGAGACGAGCUUUGACCGUCCAAGAAUUGACCUUGGCUCUGGCUGUGGUGGCCGGAGAAAAGCAUGUUCCGUCCCCAAGGAAGUUACUUUGCUCGCUACCCGGCUUCGUUAUCACUUACCAGGCACCUUUCGUCUAGGUUUCGAGCGAGAGCCCGUCCCAAAAUUAAAUUCGCCAGAAAUACUCGAAGGCCGAGAUCCAACCAUUUUCGUUCCUGUUGGACCUCGAAUACGGCUUGUGCAUCAUUCUGUGCAGGACUACCUUCUACGCGUGUGCAGAGCAGACAAGGCAGGAUCACCUUCGUCCCAUCUGAGCAUUAACCUCCAAGAUGGCCAGAAGGAAAUUGCGCAUGUGUGCAGUUCCUAUCUGCGGUGCGAUGAACUUCAAUUAGGCUGGAUCGACUUAGAAAAUCGGAACUCGGAUGGAAUGCAAAUCAUGACGAGGGAGACUAAGAUUGAGAUUCGCAAAAGUCUGGAAACUUAUCCUCUACUCCAGUACGCUGCAGAAUAG